AUGGAGAUGCAAACCGGCCCACAAGACCCCAAAGUCGCUUUCAAGCCCACAUCUCUUUGGCCCCGACGAAAGCACGCCACAAUCGAUCGUAGCACCUUCGACGCCCCCCACACACUGCAGAACGAAAGUUUGCUAGUCAAGAAAGCUUUCACUGCUUAUGAUAAUGUUCACGCCGGACGUAGUACUGAUGGUUCACGGCCUCAUCGGCAGACCCAGAUCCUGACAAAAAAGGAGGAUGAUAUCCGCCGAAAGAGCUGUAAAGAUUUGGAGACUAAGCUCCAUUAUACUCUUCAGCUAUUCGCAAAGACGGAUGACCUGUCGAAGUGCGAUUACAAAGAGCUGGCGAAGCGUUGGGAAUCUAUUGUCUGGCGAGUGACACAGACAGAAGACGGGGACAUUGACGAGUAUAUGAACAACAUCGAUCUCGAUUUACAUGAUAUCGAUGAGUGGGAUUCCACCUGGAGUGAAGGAAACGGACGGGAGAUGCUCAGCGAUCGCAUCUACCAACUGCUUCCGGAAGACUUCGCGCAGUCACGAUCAUUGCCUCAGCAAAAAACUACGGUAACCUCUCCACCAAAGAUGCGGUUCGUGCCCAAAGUCCCUAAAACUCGCAAACGCAACAACAAAGUCGACACGAGUGAGUUCAAGACGCCAGAGUAUAUUCCAUUGGAUCAGGAUCAGGUGUUUAGAGAUGCUGCCGCCGCCGCUGCGAAAGUCAAGGAAGCUACCCUCAACGCAGAAAGAUACCGCAAAGGCCAACUGUCGACGGAGGAUGAGAAGCGUAGGCAGAAUCGCCGACAGUUCAGAGAAGCUAUCAGCACAUUGAUAGAGCUCCUCCCAAAAACAGAUGCGCUAGCUAAGCUCGAUGGAGCCGACCUUGCAGCAUCAAGGGAAACAUCGAUAUGGGAGGAGACAUUCAAUAAUGCUCAAGAAAUCUCUGCUUAUGACGAUAAGAUACUGGAUGAGCUUCAGGACCUUGAUACUUGGAAUACUUACUGGGAGUCUGAAGAUGCUGAUGAAGGAGGCGGACGGACGGGAUGCACUAUGUUCAGGCAGUAUGUGCUCCAACAUUCCUCGCAAGAGCUGAAUGUCGUAGUCCAGGAGGACUGUCUCAACGAACCUGUGCCGCAAGCCAAGCAGUCCGAGAUGUCGAAAGAAGAUCACGAGCGCACAGAAGCCCGUAACCAAUUCGAAUGGGUAAUCGAGGACCUCGUCAAAUGUUACGUGAACGACGACGAGAUGGCAAGAAUCGAUGUCCCGAAACUUGCGGCGGCAUGGGAGCUCCAGAGUUGGAAUGCCACAUGCGCAAAGACCUUCAAUAUUGCAGAUUAUCUCGACCACGUCGAAAACGAGCGUGUGGAGAUCGUAUCUUAUAGUGAACUGUGGGAAGAUCGUUUGUACAAUGGUCUAACAGGUCAAGAAGCAUUCCGUCAGCAUUUCGAUCAGCACUUUGGCGCAGCAUACCUUAUUCCCGAAUCGACGUCGCCGGAGCUCAAUGACGAACUAUAUGACCUAGCCGGUGGUAACGAGAACGAAGAUUACGACAAAAACGAGGAGGAUGACAUAGCCUCAGGCUCAUACCACAAAGCUGACAGCGAUGUGUCAAAUAGCCUUUGGGAUGACGAACUAUAUGACCUAGCUGGUGGUAACGAAAACGAGCAUUACGACGAAGAGGAGGAUGACAUAGCCUCAGGCUCACACUACAAAGCUGACAGCGAUGUUUCGGAUGACGAACUGUAUGAACUGGGCGGCGGUAACGAUUACAACAUCGAUGUGUCGAAUAACCUUUUGGAGGACGAACAUGAAAUAAUCGAGAGUCCUGCUUCCCCAUCUUCUUCUCAACGGGGCUUCGACGGCAUCCCAAUCGUCGAGGACAUCGAAGGCGAGAUCAACGAAGAUAACGCCCCACAUUAUUCCUUUGGAGCUGCACUUCCUCUACCUCUAUCCGCACCCCAAGACCGCGGCGACGAUGUCCGAUCUGAAUUUAGCUAUUCAAAUAGCUAUUUGGGUGAUAACGCGGAAACCAAUGGUUUCGAAGGCGAGAAAUUGCAAAAUGGCUCCUUUGAGACAUUUGCUAGUGACUCUCAAGACCUCGGAGGUCCACCUUACAACUCCAACAUGAACAGUCUCUUGUCAGAUCAAAACCAGUUCUCUAAUAUCCGACCUAAAUCCCACAUUCCUCCUGAUACCGAGCAGGAUGAUAUAAUGGACUUCGAACACCACCUCACAGAGACGAUCAUUCAGGCCGACAAACCGGGUGCACAUUCAGCCGACGAAUACAAGAAGCUGCCGCUUCAAUCAGCUUCGCUUGUAGCUGAAUCCCAUGAUCAAGGAGUAAAAGACGUCGCAAUGCCCGACCUCCAUGUCAGUACCAUUGCAGACACCUCUUCAUCGAACAUCGGAUCGAAGAUCAGUUCUGAGUCGGGGGCUGACACUGAAAUGUCAACGUCCCCAGAGACUAGAACACCAGUUGAGUCCUCUGGGCUCAUGUUCAGCACCGCCGGAAUGACUUUUGGGAAGCCUUUCAUGGGUAGCACUACGUCGUUCCUGUCUCGCACCACGAUCGACUUUGGUGUAAACACAGCUAAUCUUAGCACGCUGAAGCGUGAGCCUGCUGUGCCUCAAGUAGAUUCACAAGAAUCGAUAGGUAUGUCUCAGACUACCGAAGCAGAUCAAGGCCCUUCAUCGGCAACUGAAAGUAAGCCGGUUGAUGAGAACGUCGGCGUCAGCGAGAAUGAUGAGGUGGCAGAAGACGUGCAGGAAACCAGCCCUGGAGUCGCUCAGAAUACAAUCGAAGCGACUGUCUAUAUGGUCGAAGACGACAUCUGUGCGCAUGGGCUGGUCCCUGCGCAUGAGACCGACACAGAUGACCCAAAGGUCUUUGAUGAGACCGACGACAAUCCAACAUCAUCUGAGUCACCUCCCACAGUCGACCAUGCCGGCGCCUCGGAUACCCGAAUUGAAGCGGUAAAAGCGUCCCAGACUCUGGAGUUUUCCCCAUCCCAGAUGGCCUGCAUCAUGAAGCACAUUUCAAGCUUGCAUGAAGACCUCGUUACAAGGAUCAACGAUGUCGGCAAGAAGUUUGAGAGCGUUCGAGAAUCUCUUCCCGAAGAUCAGCGCGAUGAGCAAGAUCCUAUCUUCUCGGAAAUCAAACAAGAUGUUGGGAGCUUUGGCAGCUUGUCGCCGCAGGCUGCUAUGAGCAUGCUGGUGGAGAUUCCGGAGAUGAGCAAGAAGCCGUCUCAAGAGCCGGCGCACGAAGUACUGACCAUCGAAACAACGACUGCUGAAAUGGUUGCUCAACCCACCAUAUCCCAAGAUGUCCCGGAGAUUGAAACAACAAAGAACAUUGUCGAUAUCCGAAUGGAACCUCCAUCGGAGAAUUUCGCUGAGGAGACUGGUAAAGAGACUAUAUCGCCAGCCAAUAUGCACAAGCAGAAAGGGCAGCCUACUGAAGCAGUCCAGCCUUUGGCACAGAAGCCAAAGAAGAAGAAAUCCAAGAAGCAACCCAAGAAGAAGAUACAUAUCUCCGAAGCUCCUGUCGUCAUCGAUCAGGAAGUAUCUGAGGUCAACAAACUAUGCUCACGCAUCACAACUUACCAAACCGAGUGGGAGUUGGUGUUGGCAAUGAAAGGCGUCAGCGUCCCUCGUGUCUUCAUAGAUAGUGCAGAAGACCUCGUCAACGCAUAUCGAAACAUGGACAAGACUGACAGCGCGACGAAGAGGAGACUCAGUGAACUCAUCAAUCAUUGGGACAGGCUCCGAAGAACAGUCGAUGCAUUCCAUCACCUCUUUCUCUGUUUCUCCAACCAGGCCCAGGACUCCUUGCGCCAAGCCGCGAAGGAUUUCCGCGAGAACAUGUCCGGGAAACAGGGAUAUACAACGACAGCAAUUCGAUACCGAGAGGCCGGGGAAGAACGUCUCGCUGAGCGAUGGGAAGCAUUAGCCGCCGGGCGAGCUCAAGCUCACGAAAAGUUGCUUGAACUUGCGAAGCCGGACUUAGAUGUGCUGGUCGACCGUUACCGGGAGUACUACGACGCAAUACAAGACCUAUAUAUGUGGGGUGUAUUUGCCUUACCCACGAAGUCUAUAGGCGAAAUGGCCAGUUGGACUUUGGCCGAUUACCGUGGGCGGAUCAAGGAAGCUCAUAAAGCUUUCGAUACUCCACUUGAGGAGUUGUCAGUCGAUAUCUGUGACUGCGAGCUUUAG